UUCUCUUUGUAUAAUAUUGAGAGAGAGAGAGACCUGGAAUGUGUUUUGUCUGCUAGGAUAUUCGCAGCCCUUAAACAUGUCUGGAUUUCUUGAGAACUUGAGGUGCUCUGAGUGCAUUGAUUGGGGAGAAAAGAGGAAUACAAUUGCUUCUAUUUCUGCUGGGUUACUGUUUUUUACAGGAUGGUGGAUUAUUAUAGAUGCUGCUGUUAAAUACCCCAAAAUGGAAGAUUUCAAUCAUUCAUACCAUGCUUGUGGAGUUAUAGCUACUACUGCAUUCCUCAUGAUCAAUGCUGUAUCCAAUGGACAAGUACGUGGGGACAGUUACAGUGAAGGCUGCCUUGGGCAAACAGGGGCUCGCAUCUGGUUGUUCAUUGGCUUUAUGUUGGCGUUUGGAUCACUGAUCGCAUCAAUGUGGAUCCUUUUUGGAGGCUAUGUUAUUAAAGAAAAAAAAGAAGUGUACCCGGGAAUAGCAGUUUUCUUCCAAAAUGCUUUUAUCUUUUUUGGUGGUCUGGUGUUUAAAUUUGGUCGCACUGAAGAUCUGUGGCAGUAACUGACGGAGUGUCUGUUCAUCUAUUUUUAAUUGCCCACUCCCAUUUUAUAAAAAGCUCAUGCUCUGGAGACCAGUGAAGAUGAAAACUGUCUGCACUUUAAAAAUCAUGACGCGCAUUUCCCUAUUUUUCCCUCUCUCUUUAAAGCAGCAUUCUAUUCUUGGCUCUUGACUUUCCAAUAUUGUAGCAUGUGAUUAAAAUGUAAAACUGAGAAGGAAGGGGUAAUAUUGUGAAUCCCUUUUCACUUUUUUAAAAUAAAUUAAUACUAAACAGA